CAAAGAACCGAGGCUUGCAUACCGAGUACCGAGGCAACAACUGCUCAUUGGGAUCAGAAAGUCUUGGAUCGUGGACAGUGCGAGUCGUGAGUUACGCGGAGAGACCCAACGUCAUUGGUGUAGCGCGUCGUCAUUGAUUAUAAUUAUUUUUAUAAUUUAAUCUGUACCUAAAGUCAAUUCAUUUUUGUACCUAAUUUUGUACACCGAGUGUUAGAUAUUUUUUGUUUAACAACAAACCCAGUAAUCAUUUGAAUUAAAUUUUUCACGACGACGUUGCUAAUUGUGGUGAUUGAAAUUUUGUUUUGGAAGUGCAGGAAGAGAGAUAGAAGAAGAAGGAGAAAAGUUGUGUGAGGUAUCAUUGUUGGUAAAGAAGAUAAUUUGAUUAGUAAAGUCUAAAAUAGUGAUUAAAACAUAAUAAAGUAAAUAAACUACCACGACUACUGUGUGAAAGAAGUAGUGGUAUGUUUUUUUAUUCCACGUUAAAUUGAAGAGCCAACGUUAUUAUUAUUAUUCCGACCGCUACGCUUGCUGGCGACGCCAUUUUGACGAGACUGAGUUGUAGUACAAUUGGAAAGUUGUGUACCGUAAAAUAAAAUAUUUUUUUGUUGUAUGUAAACCGUGAUCUCACGUUACUGAUUAUAUUUUUUUUCUUUACUUAAAAGUUUUGUAAAGAAAAAUUAAGUACCAGUCGAAGACCUGGCGACGAGGAAGAAGAAGAAAAUUUUUAAAAAUUCAUUUAUCAAUUAUAUUGUCAGCCAUAAACAAUAAAAUAUGAGGGUGGAAAUAGUAUCAGCGACGGACUUUUUAGUCCAAUUACUGAGAAUAAGAUCAGACCACAUGCCCGAGUAUCAUUUGUCAGAGCAUCAACUGGAGAUGUUCAAAUUAUCACUGACCGAGGUAUUGCGACACCAUUAUACGGAUCAUUGGUUCCCUGAUACUCCAAACCGUGGAUCUGGUUACCGCUGCCUCCGUAUCAAUGGGAAAAUGGACCCCGUGAUCGCCCAAGCAGGAGCCAACGUAGGCCUGGUGCCAAGACUACUCCGAGCAUCGUUCCCGAGGGAACUGACGAUGUGGAUCGACCCUUCAGAAGUUUCAUACCGAAUUGGAGAAAACGGGUCCAUCUGUGUUUUAUACGAACGGAGUGAACCGGAACCCGAAGAAAUAACACCGAGGCCAUCUUCAUCAUCAUCAUUAUCAUCAUCGUCCUCGUCAACUUACUCAUCGAGCUCAUCAGCCUCCUCAUCAUCCGGUAUGUCACCGUCACCCACAUCGUCCCUUGGCAGCAUUUCUCAACAACAGCAAUUUGAGAGCUGCAAGGGCUCACUUAUGCACGAGCACUCGCAAUUUAAUGAGCAAUUCGCGGCGUUUGUCUCCAGUUGAAUUAUCAAUAAUAAUAAUAUUAAUAUAUCACGACGGGCCUAGUGCUACGUCUAAAUCUUCUUGUGUUUCCUCGUAUUGUUUCGCCAA